GGAGGAGUUAACUUGGCAGAGGUUUCUCCGUUUCUGUGAGGUGGCUUUGAUCCAUAAUCUGAGGAUGGCAUUUUUCUCCAGGGACUGUGACAUUGCAGUGGUGCUGUGCUGGUAGUUUUGCAGGCUGGCUGCUGUAGCUGCUGGGCAGACGGCUGGGCUAAUUCACUCUGACUAACAGGAAGUUACACGACAGCAGAACAGGCAGCUUAAGAAAAUCUGACUCCCUCGCUUUGAGAGGCAAAACAAAGUAGACAGUUUAAAGAAGAGGUUUAUGCGACGACAAGUCUCACCAAAUGUUCAGUAGGCAUGCAGCUGGUAGCCUGUUUAGCAGUGCUGGUGUUCUGGGUGGCAGAAGCUGUAGAGAGCUGUCCUGAUGUCUGUAAAUGCACCAAGAAAACCAGCGCUGAAAGGUCAGAGGUCAACUGCCACAAGAAGGGGAUGAGGACAUUUCCCUCCAACCUGCCCCCUGAUUCCUGGAUCCUAAAGAUGGGUGAGAAUGGAAUAGUCGACCUCCCAGCAAACGUCCUGAAACCCAUCCCCAAGAUCGAAAGCAUCAACUUGGAACGCAAUGCCAUCAAAUCAAUACACCCCCAGGCCUUCUCUGGAGCCCAGAGGCUGAUGCUGCUCAACCUGUAUGGGAAUCAGAUCAACAAACUCCCUAUGAAAGGCUUCCAGGAUCUCAUCAACCUCCGCUUCCUCAUGCUGGGCCAGAACCAGAUCUCCAGUGUCAAACCAGACAUGUUCACAGGCAUGAGGAACCUUUCAGACCUGGACCUGCCCCUCAACUCUCUAAUUGCCCUUCCUUCCAACGCCUUCAAGCCUCUGAUCGCCCUAAAGGUCCUGGACCUGGCCCUCAACCGCAUCGAGAGGAUCUCCCCCAAAGGCUUUCUGGGCUUGACAGAGCUGCUGUUCCUCAACCUGGACAACAACAGUCUGAAGAGCAUCUCGGCUGGUGCUUUCAAGCCUCUGGCCUCCCUGGAGAUGCUGGUGCUGGAUAACAACCUGCUGUCCACUUUGACCUCAGCCACUCUGGAGGGCCUGUCCAACCUUCAGGAGCUCUACCUGAGGAACAACGAGCUGGAGAGGCUGCCCCAGGACCUGUUUAGACAUACACCCAAGCUCUCCCAGCUGGCCCUCAGUGGAAACCGUUUCAAAAACAUGGAUGGAAACAUUUUCACCCAGCUGUCUGGCCUGAGGGAGGUGUAUCUCCAUGACAACCCCUGGACAUGUGACUGCAACAUCAAUGGCCUGGUGCGCUGGGUGUCCCAGACAAAGGCCAACCUUUCCCCUCUGGAGUCCCUGAGGUGUGUUGCCCCGACAGAGUACCGCAACAAAUCCCUCAGCAGCCUCAAAGACCAGAACCUACGCUGUCGGGCCUAGACUAGAGCCAAACCAACCUUUACUCUGUGCUAUCAGACCUAGACUAAAGCCACACAAUCUUUCCUCCACACCAGCAUCCUGCAUCAGCCACGUUACAUUUUUACAUUUUACAUAUUUUGCAGAUACUCUAAUCCAGAGCGAUUUACAGUAGUGAGUGCAUUUGCAUACGUUCCUGCUACAGAGUAACCUGUUAUACAACACUUAAUACUUAGCUAUGGUCCAACGACAGCACAGUUACCCAUUAUUUUGCAACCCUAGCCUAGGUCCAGCCACAGAAUGACAUGCCAUUGUGCAACAUCUAGGCAGCCAUGGCCCGAUAACUGACAACUGUACAAUUAGCUUUUACUGUACAACCAUAAGCGAAAGUUAGUAUAAACUCCUCAAUAAAUGUCCUGUUUAUUUUCAGCAAACGUAACGUGUAAAUAUUUGUAUGAACAUAACAAGAUUUAACAACUGAAACAUAAACUGAACAAGUUCCACAGACAUGU